UGGAAAUCUAUAUUACAAGCUUUAUGUAAAUAAGAUUGUGGAAGAUAAGUCUUUUACCUACCUUCAUCCUAACCUCUGCUUUCGUAGUUACCGUCUCACCACGCCUUAAAAAUAUGGACCUGCAAACAUCGGUAGGGAAGCAAAACGAGAUCGUUCUGAAUUUUGCUAAGCAUGUGAUCGCCACCACUGACGCGAAAACCUCCAACCUCGUGUUUUCACCUGCGUCAAUCAAUGUCAUCCUCAGCUUCCUCGCUGUCAAGUCAGGCGGAUCUACUGCAAAUCAUAUUCUCUCUUUACUGCAAGCUUCUUCUAUUACUGAGCUUAAUGCCGUCUCUUCCAAGGUCAUAACUGACGUCCUAGCCGACAGCACCGCAACCGGCGGUCCAACGAUCUCGGUGGCUAACGGCGUCUGGAUGGACAAGUCUCUCCCUGUCGAGCCUUGUUUCACAAGUCUCGUAGAGAAUACGUACAAGGCUAAUUUCAACCAAGUUGAUUUUGGCACAAAGGCUGAUGAAGUGGUUGAAGAAGUAAAUGCAUGGGUCGAGAAUCAGACAAGAGGACUCAUCACUGAUCUCCUAAGCUUUGCUUCUCCAGAGACUGAUCUCAUAUUUGCUAAUGCUCUCUUCUUCCAUGGAAGAUGGGAUGAAGAAUUUAAUCCAUCGCUAACAAAAGAUUCAGACUUUCACCGUCUUGAUGGAACUAAACUACGCGUGCCUUUCAUGUCCGCAUACGCCUCUUACAAACACCGUCUUGAAGUCUACCAAGGUUUCAAAGUCCUUCAUUUACCAUACAGAGGAGGAAGCAAUUAUUUAGAAGACAAUCGUUUCUCGAUGCAAAUCUGUCUGCCUGAUGACAAAGAUGGGUUGCAUGCAAUGCUGGAGAGCCUAUCUUCUUGUCGUGGUUUCUUGAAUGGCUAUAUUCCUGGCCAGUGUGUAAGUAUUGGAGAAGUCAAGAUUCCAACGUUUAAAUUCGGUUUUGAUUUCGAUGUCUCAAAGGCUCUCAAGGGUUUAGGCUUGGAGACGCCGCUGGAGAAGAUUGUCCACAAGGCUUGCAUUGAGGUCGACGAAGUGGGAACGAAAGCUGCAGCUGCUACCGCUGUAUCUUUUUGUGGAGGUAUUUUACGUCCGCAAAAAAAGUACGACUUUGUGGCUGACCAUCCGUUUCUCUUCCUUGUCAAAGAGUACAGAAGCGGCCUGGUUCUGUUCCUUGGUCAAGUUCUUGAUCCUUCUAUGCAUUAAGUUUGUUACCAAAGUACUAUUGAUAUGAAAUAAUAAUAAAUAUUAUA